AUGAGCCUUCUCGCUACAGAGAACGAGCCGUUGCUGCCAAAAGCACCAGCCAACGUCAUAACGUUCGAGCCCAACGACCCAGAAGACCCGCGCAACUGGUCAAGGACACGAAAAUGGCUCAUGAUCGCUUCAAUCGUGCCUAUAGACCUUAGCGUUUCUUGGGGCGCAAGUGGCUUCAGUCCCGUUGCAGGCGACUUUGGCAAAGACAUGGACGUAUCAGCAAGCGUCGCGGUCCUGGGGUUGAGUAUGUACGUGCUUGGGUUGGCCUUUGGACCUAUGACUCUAGCACCGUUAUCUGAGUACUUUGGCCGGCGGCCUGUGUAUGUGGUGUCCUAUGGAAUCUUUCUUGUGUUGCUCUUGGGGACGACGUAUGUGGAGAGCCUCGGCCUGUUCUUCGUUCUGAGGCUUUUCUCCGGCUACUUUUCGUCGGUCACGAUAUCCAACUUUGGGGGAACUAUUGCGGAUCUUUUUCAUCAUCAUGAUACCGGGCCAGCCAUGUCUUGGUUUCUUUGGGCUGCUACGGGAGGUAGUCCGACGGGCUUUGUGCUUUUCUCGUUUAUCGCAAAGGGCAGGUCGUGGCAUGCUGUUUUCCGCGUCAUGUUCUUCAUUUGCCUUGUGUUUUGGGUUGUUAUGGUUAUUGCUCUGUAUUCGCUUGGAGAAACGAGACACAGCGUGAUUUUGCUGCGAAGAGCUAGAGCGUUGCGUAACGCGACGGGAGACGAAGAGCUGGAGGUACCGGAUGAGAUGAAACAACGAGGACCGAAGCAACUUUUUGGCACAGCAUUGGCACGCCCAUUCCGCUUCCUGGGUACCGAGGCCAUUGUUCAAUUUGGAGCCUUAUACAACGGCUUUCUGUAUGGCCUCUCAUUCCUAUUCAACGGCGCAUUUCACAUGAUUUUCGGCCCAGACGGGUACGGCUUUGAUACCAUUGGUGUUGGUAUUUCUUUCCUUGGGAUCGUAGCAGGCAUCACGAUAGGGUUGGGAACGAACAUCUUCCAAGAACGAUACUACCAACGCCGGGUUAUUCAAGCCGGGAAUCGCGACGUUCCGGAAGCAAGAGUGCAUCAUGCAAAGCUAGCAGCUAUCGUGUUGCCGGUGUCACUCUUGGCUUUUGCACUCACAGCCACGCCAAACAUACACCCAUUCUUUGCAGUACUGGCUAGCGCUUUCUGGGGCUGGUCUUUUUAUACCCUAAGUGAGUCUUUUAUCAAUCUUUCGUUGGGGCAUGUCGCUAACGGUUUGGCUGUAGUCCUAAUGACCCUCACAUACACGGAAGACGCAUACAAGACAUACUCCGCAUCCGCACUCGCGGGCAUCGGGCUAAUCCGAAAUCUCGCUGGCGCUGGGUUCCCACUUGUCGGACGACAUCUCUUCCUCAGCGUAGGGACAAGAAAUGCAAGCUUGGUGCUAAUGGCUAUCGCCAUCUGCUUGGCACCAAUCCCCUUCGUCCUCGAGAAACGGGGCGUAUCGCUACGCAAAAGAAGUCCCUGGGCUGCUGCGCAUGAAGAAGAGGACGAGAGUAGUCAAGAAUAG